AUGAAAACAAAGCUAGUUGCGGAGCUUCUCGUCUUCUCCGGCCUGCGGAAGAGUUCCUGUCAGAUUUCCGAGGUAUCGAGGAUUCGGAGUGACUGCGCCGCUGCUCUGUACAGCCAAUCCCUCCCGUCGUCGCAGAGCAGAUCAUACGGAUUUGCUCCCAGGAGACCGAAGAGAGGAGAUCCGGUGGACGAUCGAUCGGAGGAUCAGUUCCUUCGUAGCCUUAAUUUCGGAAGCCGCAAUGCUGGAGACGACAGGAAGGAGACGGAUGGCCGUGAGAGAUCGGAGAAGCUCUUUCCCGUUGACGACGCCGACGAGAACUCACGCAGCAGCGGGAAGGUUCCUCUCUCCUCCCAAAACGAAGAGAGAGAAGCUGCUUCUUCUCGGCUUGGCGGUGAGUUCUUCAGCGGGAGGUUCGGAGCUUCCCGUCAGAGUUCCUCUCUCUUCCCUGCCGGCGAGAUCCAGGGCAAAGAUGAAGCGGGAGGCUUGUUGGAGAAUCUCGCCGAUGGAAAAAAGCACAGGCUAAGCGGCGAUCGGCCGGAGAGUUUCCUGUUGCAGAAGCUUAAACUGGGGAUGAAGAAAAAUGAAGAUAAGGCUCAAGCAGAGGCGUCGAUCCAGAUCCCUAAUGGCGAUCCGCCUCUCUCAGAGUCAGCGGCACCGGACGCCGAUGACAUUUUCAGGAAGAUGAAGGAGACGGGGCUGAUCCCUAGCGCCGUCGCGAUGCUCGACGGGCUCUGCAAGGACGGGCUGAUCCAGGAGGCCAUGAAGCUGUUCGGAGAAAUGCGCGAGAGAGGUACGAUCCCAGAGAUCGUCAUCUACACCGCCGUGGUGGAGGGAUUCUGCAAGGCGGAGAGAUUCGACGAUGCCAAGAGGGUCUUCAGGAAGAUGCAGAAUCAUGGCAUCUCCCCGAAUGCUUUCAGCUACAAGAUCCUGAUCGAGGGCCUUCUCAGAGGGAAGAGAUUGGAGGAUUCCGUUGACUUUUGUCAGGAGAUGCUGGACGCCGGACACUCCCUCACCGUGGCGACCUUCACAGAUGUGAUCGACGAGAUUUGCAAGGUCAAAGGCGUGGAGGAAGCUGGGGAGGUUGUGAAGAGAUUGCGCGAGAGAGGUCUGGCCGUUGACGACAGGGCCGUCAGGGAGCAUUUGGACAAGAAGGGGCCGUCAACUCCCCAGAUUUGGGAGGCCAUUUUUGGAAAGAAGCCGUCUCAGAGAACCUUCUGA